GUGUGUGUGUGUUAGUCAGAUUAUCCAGUGUCCACAGUGCAUGUGGUGUACUAUGGUCUUAGUCAUGCUCUCACUAACCUUUCCUUCCCGGAGGGCCUGAGGCUCUUGGAACGUGACUGAGGACACCCUGGCAUGACACCUGGACUUGCCCUGCCCAAUCUCACCUGGCUCCCAUCUACCUGCCCAUUACUUUAAAGUAAUUAACCUAUGCGGCUCUGUAUCCAUUGUCUUACUUACUACCGCAACAACUUGUGUCAAUUAUUUUCCCAUAAGGCUCUGGUCAAAUGUAGUGCAUUAGUUGUGGAGAAUAAGGUGCCCUUUGAAAGGUAUUCUGCCUGUUGAGCCACACCCUGCCUUUUGGAAAUCAUUUCUCCAUCUCAUUCCAGUUAAUCAAAUGAAGAUGAGAUGCUGUGACUAUAAUUGAUGUAGUAAAUUACUUUUCCUGUCAAUGACUUUAUAAAUGUCCUUCAUUGUGUACGUGUGUCCCUUUUGAAGGUUUAAUAAAACCUUCAUUCAGCCAAGAAAUCAAUAUUUUCAUUGAUGUAAUAUUCAACAGACUGAAGAGUCAUGUACCAAUGAGAUGAAUUUGUUGUGUUGCAGUUGUGUGUGGUGUUGUUGCCAUUCAGCAUCAUCUGGCCUUGGUAUCAUCUAGCCUUGGUACCGUAUAAUGUAUAACUGACAAAAUACUUCAGCCAUAGCAAAUCAUUAACGAGAGAAGUCACAGUUCCUGUUUGCGCUAAUCUUUAUUUGACUUGCUGUAAUACGGAGACACAGACUGUAUAAAAGCAUACAUUCAAGAAGCUAUGGUCAGAUGGAGAAGUAGAGAAAGAGCCAGUGGGGGCAGCAACAGGCAGGUAGAGGGGAGCCAGGUGGGCCAGGCCCAUCCAGGCGUCAGACCAGGGUGUCCUCAGUUGCAGUCUAAGUGCUUCAGACACUCCAGAAGGGUUAGGUAGAGCAUGGCUAAGAUCAUAGGGGUAGAGGAUAAUCAAUAGUGUUGCUGUGGACACUGGAUAAUCUAACACACACCUGUUUAACCUCACUGUGAUACUGUAGACCUACUUAUGUUACUUUUCUGAGUCAAUUCAGGUAGCAUUCAAUGUCCUGUGUUUGUGUUAACCAUGGCAGCCAGCAUUUCAAAGAAACCAUUUAUUUCAGUCUCUAGUUGAGAAAAUUAAGGAGUCUAUUGAUUCAGUCCUUGUUUCGUUUUCACUUAUUGUUACCUGGUAAAUAACCAAGAACCAUGGAAACCAGCUGAACCCAAUAAUUGAGGUAGCCUAGUAAAUGAUACGCCCCUCUGGUAUGUUCUAUUGGGAACUGUCUGGGAGUCGUUUCCCUGUUUACUACUCAAAUAUAUUUGACUUAAUAUGUCUAAAACGAAAUGAACUGCAAUACACUGGUCUGAACUAUAUUAGCAUAACUAGGCUACACAGAACAAAAGCGGACCCAUUGUAAAUCGAGAGUCUUUUUUAGUAUUAAAACGUAUCCCAGUGCAACAUGCCCAGCUCUAACCACUGGGGCGUGGCUUACGGAGCACUCUUUGAAAUGAGCGCUCGUAACGCCGUGUUCCAACUGAUCGAGUUAUCUCACCACACCGGCAGUGUCUGGGCCGCGUUAUCGCCACAAAAGAACCAAAGCCUGGGGCAAGAUGGGUCUGAUACAGUGGUUGAAGGGCCAGUUCUUGUGUCAUCUGGUCAUCUGCUAUGGGUUCUUUGUCAGCGGUCUCCUGAUCAACCUAUUACAGAUCUGCACUCUGCCCCUCUGGCCAAUCAACAAGCAGCUGGCCAGGAGGAUCAACUGUAAACUGGGAUACUCCCUCACCAGCCAGUCUGUGGCUCUCUUAGAGUGGUGGUCUGGCACUGAAGUCACGCUCUACACAGACCCAGAGAACUACCGACUCUACGGUAAAGAGAAUGCCAUCGUCGUCCUCAACCACAACUUUGAAAUAGACUUUCUGUGUGGCUGGACCUUCUGUGACCGAUUCGGGGUCCUUGGGGCCUCCAAAUGUUUAGCCAAGAAAGAGUUGUCGUACCUGCCUGUGAUUGGCUGGAUGUGGUACUUCCUGGAGAUGGUGUUUAUUAAGAGGAAGUGGGAGGAAGAUAAGAGGAACUUUGUCCAGAGUCUUCAGAACCUACGGGAUUACCCUGAGAACUUCUGGGUGAGCCAUCAAUCAACUAGUAAAUUCUUGCUCCACUGUGAGGGAACACGCUUCACAGAGGAGAAGCAUCGGGUCAGUAUGGAGGUGGCAGAGAAGAAAAGCCUGCCCAAACUCAAACACCACCUCCUGCCCAGGACCAAGGGUUUCUGGGUAGCCGUCCAGAACCUCAGGGGGACAGUUGCUGCAGUGUACUGUUGUACAUUAAAUUUCAGAAACAACGAAACUCCAACCUUGUUGGGGGUUCUCAAUGGGGAAAAGUAUCAUCCAGAUUUAUAUGUAAGGAGAAUCCCACUGGAGUCCAUACCAGAGGAUGAGGCCGAGUGUUCUGCCUGGCUUCAUAAACUCUACCAGGAAAAGGACAAGUUCCAGGAGGACUACAGCCAGACAGGGUGUUUCCCAGGCCCCAAAGUUACCCCACCAUGCAGACCCUGGGCCCUGAUCAACUGGCUGGGCUGGACCUGCCUUCUUCUAUACCCCCUCUGCCUCCUCCUGGUCCAGCUGGUCAACUCUGGGUCUAUUCUCAGCAUCCUGGCCACAGUUGCUUUCUGCACUGCAGUGUCAGUCGGUGGGCGCUGGAUGAUUGGACAGACUGAGGUUAAGAGAAGCUCCAGCUAUGGGGUCGCACUGAACAACAAAUGAGGGGAUGACCUUUUUUAAAACUUCAACCAAGUUCAAUUUACAAUUGCAAGAUUGAUUUCUUGCUAGCACCAGAGCGUCACUCACAUUACUAAUCUGAUAACUACAGCACAGUUCACCUCAUUCCAAGAAAUACUUGGUAACUGGUCAGGGAUAGCAUUGAAGUCAAUUCAAACAGGAUAAGACAGGGUUGACUGGUGCUUAAGUCUUUUGAGGGCACACCUGUCUAAUGGCAGUCUAAUAUGACCGUCUUCAUCUUGUCGAUACAUGGGAAUGUACUGAACCUAUACAAUGCACAGAUACGUUCAGGGCAUGCAUCCAGGUUGUUCAAGAUGUGUGACUAAAAUUGGCACUGUUGUGACUUUGUUAAAUGCACUUUUAUUAGUUGUGAUUUGAUAUGUGAAUGGACAAUGUUUAUUUGCAUGCAUCACAUUUUUUCUGUAAUAAAGACCAAAGAAUGAAAGCUGUAAAAAACA